CUUAGCACCAUUAUAACAACACAAUAUUUUCCCUACAGCAGGCAUCUGUAGCCUAGUUCUGACCUUAUCUAUCAUGGCUUUUGCACACUAUAACUGUAUACUCCCGGCCGAAACAUAUGAUGGCCAUGUCGGCAGCAUCCGCAUUCGAUGGUCAAACAGCGCGAUGCAGAGGCUUCACGAUGAAGCCAAUGACAGUGGAGUACCGGUUAUGACGAUGAAGGCUCUCUGUGAGCAUUUGGCUUAUAGCAGUGCCUAUCGGCUUCAGAAUGACCAAGCCCUAAUACGCCUGCCGAGGAUUAAAUUUGUAUGGGAAAUUUCGUGGCGCUAGCAAGACAAUGGGUGGCGCGACGAUUAAAAUGAG